UGUUUAUAUUAUCUGUCUGUGGAAGGAAGGCAGAUGGAGAGUGAGAGUGAUGCAAUUGUUGACUUUAGUGUGUGUACACAGUAUAGUGACAGUGUAGCAGGAGAGACAGCAGAGAACCAGUGGUUGGCCUGGGAUGUUGACUGCUAUUUACCCCCAUCCUAAAGAAUGUUCAGUCUCACUCCUUAAUGUCUGUGUGUCUGUGAGGGAAAUGAUUUGUUUCUCUAUUUAUGAACAGACAUUUUGUUUUUGAUGGUUUGUCUUUGUGCUGGCGUGGAUGUUGGUGUGUUUUUGCUGCGAUAGUUUCUAAUCUAAUCCUACAUUUGAUCUAUGCUGAUGCUUUGGUGGGAGGAGGUGUCUUGGUGGCUGGGUCACUGCUGCUGUUCUCGCUUGACUCAAAUGAUCUUCCUCUCUCCUCCUAUCAUUUAAUCCUCCCUCGUUCUGCUCUCCUCUCUGCUGUGGAACAGAUGACUGGUGUUCUAAAGGGAGAAAUGAAGACGGAGCAGAUAUGAUUGACAUUCCAAAGAGGACUACACCUGCCAAAGGUUAUGAGCUGUUGUUCCAGCCAGAGGUGGUGCGUGUCUACACCUCUCUGCUGAAGGAGAGUAAGAACCCCACCGUGCUGGAAGCCUCCGCCGGAGCCGUGCAGAACCUGUGUGCCGGACGCUGGACCUAUGGGCGGUAUAUCCGUGCGUUGUUGCGUCAAGAGAAGGGUCUUCCCAUGAUGACAGAGCUGUUGGCCCAUGGCAACGACCGGGUGGUCAGGGCCAUGUCUGGAGCUCUGAGGAACCUGGCUAUCGACGCUCGCAACAGAGACCUGCUCGGUAAACAUGCAGUUCCCCACCUGGUAUCCAACCUGCCUGGUGGGGGUCAGAGCCAGCCUGUGAGGGCUCUGUCAGAGGAGACGGUGGUGUCUGUACUGAGCACCCUUCAUGAGGUUCUGGGCUCCAGCCUGGACGCUGCCAAGAUCCUCAGAGCCUCGCAGGGCAUCGAGAGACUGGUGCUCAUCAAUAAGGACGGGAACCGGUCAGAGCGAGAGGUGCGUGGUGCCGGCCUGAUACUCCAGUUAGUUUGGGGCUAUAAGGAGUUGAGGAAGACCCUGGAGAAGGAUGGCUGGAAGAAGACAGACUUCAUGGUGAACCUCAACCCGCCCAACAGCACCCAGCCCCGGGUCAACGGAGGAUAUGAAGACAGUACGCUGCCGCUCAUAGACAGGGGAGGAGACAAGCGAGACAUGAUUCCACUAAAUGAUAUGGGACCAGAUGCCUACUCCACACUGGACCAGGGGGGAGGAAGAACACUCUGGACGGAACACUGGAGCCUGCUGACAAAGACACAGCACAGGUACACACACACACACAGAGCAUGUUCUCGCAUGUCUCACUAAAUACUGUGGUUAGCU